CAAUUUCGGUUUCUACCAUUGGAACCUUGAAAUGGAAAACUCAUCAUUUAAAUAAUGAAAAACGCCAUUGAUUCGUUAACAAUACAGAUAAGUUUAACAAUUUGUAAAACUCGUGCAGCAAUAUGAAUAACCUCCAAAGUUAGCAUUAUCAGCUGAAAAUAAUAUUUCUUACAGAUAUCAGAUUGGGAUGAGUUGAGGUGAUUUAUUGUAAUGAAUUAUGACAAGUGUGAUAAAAUUGCAAGAAAGGUUCCAGAUGAAUAAAAUAAGAUGAAGGUAAUGAAAUUUAUGAUUAAAUUGAAUCAAAGGAUUGUUAGAAAGAAGAAAUGAAAUAAAAAAAGAGCGAGAAUGAUGAAAAGAAAGAGUAAGAAGAGUUAUUAAUAUCAAGGCAGAUUCAAUUUGACAGAAUCUCUUUUUCCUCAACUUAUAACUGUAACCACAAAUUUAACAUGAGCCAAGAAUGGCGCUUUUGCCAUGGUAAAGCAACUAUUUUUAUUAAGAGACUUUACGAUUAUCCUGUGUCUUCCUCUUUCACCAUCUUUAUCAUCAUUCUCUUUCUUCUCUGUCUUUCAAUAAUCAACAUGUUUUUUUGCUUCCAACAGUCAACAAAAGCCAAACAUUGGCAUUAACUUCGCAAUAGUCAUAUGUAUAUGUGUGUAAACAUAGUUAAAGAUAUUGAAGCAACUUCAUGUUAACCGUUUUUCCUUUGCUUGUUUCCAUGUUCACCAGCAUUUGAUAAUACAAAUUAGUAUCGAUAUUUUAUACUUAGUGUCUGCGGUAGAAUCAAGUGAUCAAAGAAGAUAUAUUAAUUGAAUAAAUUGACAUCAAAGUGUUGACCAACAAUUGAAAAUAUGAUUAGUCUCAAGUCAAGAGUUGUGACACCUUUGAGUGACAAUAAAUUUAGCAAUGACUAUUUGUCCUCUUCAACAUCUUCACCUUUUUCAAAUAGACUUUACUUUACUGGAGUUGGUCAAAGGCCAUCAACACCAUCAAGUUUAUACUCUAAGGGUCGUCUUUUGGCCUCUUCAUCUGUUGAAAGGUUGAAUCGAUCAGAAAGUCCACCACCUGCUUUCCGUGGUGGAUCAAGUUGGGAUUUACGAAGCUCAUCUCCAAUGAGAAGACCUCGUCAUCCGUCCGUUGAUCGCUUUCGACGAACAGAUCACCAUCCAAGUUAUCGAUCAAUCUCUCGCGAUGAACUGUCUUCAAUUGAUUUGAGUGCAUCGCCAGGAAACAGUUUACAAACCUCGUCCAUAAUGGAAAGACGUAAUAUGAUCAUCUCCAACUUUAAUAGAAGCCUGCCUCCAAGUGGAUUGGCUCCGACAUCUUUAAUCAGUCACCAUCCUCAUCACAACCUUCACCCGAGGAGCAAUUUUGCUGCUUCACGAAAUAAUUUAACCAAUUUAACCAAUUCAUCUGCUACUCGGCCAUGGCCCUCGGCUGGUUUAGACGUUUUUAGGCCUCGAAUUAGAGAUAGACCAUCGCUUGCGUCAAUAAAGAGUUCAAUAAAAUCUAGAAUAAAACCAUCAGAUUCGUCAUCUCGUUAUUCUAAGGCUGCUCCAGUCUCGAGUGAUGCAUCUUUACGACUUUCACGUUAUCGUCAUGUCAUAAAAUUUCGAGAGUUUCACAUCGAUGAGCCAAUAAAUAAGCGUAAAGCUUCAAUUUCCUGGGAUCUUCCAUUGGAACCAAUAAGCUCGUCUUCAAGUUAUAAUUCAAAAUCUAGUCAGAAUGAUUCUUCUGCAGGUUCACAUUCAUCUACCUCGAGACAAUCAUCUGUUGAAAAAGAAAGUAAAAUACAGACAAUGACAAAGCCAGAUACAAAUGAUGCAAAGAAUGAGAAAAAUGAACUUACAUCAACAUCUUUUCCUCAAUCCUCGAUUCAUCGACAAAAUUCUGUAUCCCGUUCUAGAUCCAGUCAGAAAUCCAGUCACCAAACUCCAAAAAUUAAGGUUCCUAAGUUAGAAAUAACUCCUGUUUCUGUGAUGAACCAAACAAGCCCUGAUGUGAUUGAAUUACCCAAACCAGUAAGUCCACUUAGAGUUCAUUUUGAGGUUUCAAUAUCACGACUCGAGUUCAUUCCUAUCCCUGAUCAAACUAACCAAGAAAAUAAUUCAUUUGAAGUCAAUGUCGUUCUUCCUUUAAAAGCUAAAUCCAAGUCUCCUGAUCCUUCCAUGCUAAAAUCCCAAAUAGAUGAUCCUAAUAAAUCAAAUGUAACAAAACAACAACAAGAGAUUAUUGUCAAUAAAUCUGAAGGAUCAAUUCCUAAAAUAACUUCUAAACCACAAACACCACCAACCCCUAGCUCUACAUCUCGAUUGCUUCCUCCUCCUUCACCUCCUACUCCUUGUGUGUCAAUCUCACCUAGAAAUGAAUCAACAACCUCAUCUGCCUUAUCCUCCUCUGCUCUUAAGCUUCCCAAAGGUCGAACCAAACCUUCAAGUGACAAGGAUCGUCCAUCAGGUAAACCUAUUUACCACCAUCGAAAACCAUCAUCACCUGAUCCAUCCUGCAUCUCACCUAUUCCUGGUGAAUCGCCAACAUCAUCUAGACUACCUUCACCUUCACCCUCCCUCAUUUUGUCCAUUGAGGAGAAAAGUCGUAAAAUUUUGUCAAAAUCAGGCUCAACAAGUCCAGUUCCGAUGAGUUCAAAUAAACUUUUAUCUGCAAAUUCAAAUGAAACUGGAGCGAUCAAUAGCGCGUCAACAUCUCCAUCAUCUUCGGUAUCAUCUCGAAGUGUUGUCAACCCAAGACAAGAGUUGAAAUUGUCAAUUGUGAAUGAUUCUAGUUCAUCUGGAAUAAAAUUUUCAGAAAACUUGUCAUCUACACAUUCAUCACCGCCAUCAUCAGUAUCAUCUAGAGUACCAGGAACAACAACAAAAACAACAUCAUUAUCUUCCUCUUCAUCAUCUCCAUCUCCCUCAGUAACUGAAGCCAAGUGCAAAGGCCUCAAAUUAAGUAAGGAAAUGGAGGAAACUAAAAAAAGAUCGUUGACACCCAGUCGACCUAACAAUAGAUCGUCAAGCCCUAGUUUACCAUUAACUUCGAACUCAUCUCCAUUGACACCACCAAACUCGAAUCAGGUUAAUUCAGAGAGAUCUGAGUCUUCUAGGGUUGACUCUUCAGAUAAAAUAAAUCCAUCACCACCAGUACCAACUAAUCAUUCUCCAAUGCCAAAGUCAUCUGUAGAUAAAGUUAAAGGAUCCCUUAAUCUACCUGCUGCUCCUAAAAGCUCAAGUGUCUCACCAAAGCCUUCGGCCAAUUCGAGUUCAAAUAAAGUUACCAAAAAUACACUAACAUCUAAAUCCAGCUCUUGCCCACCAACACCAACUGAAAAUUACCCAUCAUACGUGGUUAAAACAAAAAAUUCAUCGACUGCAAAAUCCAGUGAAAAACAAUUGCAAGAAAAGUUGAUUUCCAAAAAUUCGGGUAAAAGUAAAGCUCCAGCAAAAAGUUCACCAGAAUCAUCAUCAACACCAUCAUCUCCCCAGGUAUUACAAGGUGCUAGUCCUGCGACGAGUCCCAUCUUGUUAGAGUUGAAUAAAAAAUCAAAGACAAAGUCUAGUGAAUCACUAAAGCAGCAAAAACAGCAAUCAACCAAAUUGUCCAGUUCUGAUAAAAAAGGUAAGCCUGAAAAAUCAGUUGAAUCGGAAGAGGUUAAACAACCAAGUGUGGUUGAGCCAAUUAACCAAGCAAUGUCAGCAUCAAGCGAUAAACAAAAUUCUGAAACCAUCAAAGGUAAAGAAUCAUUUGAACCAUUGGAUGGUAAGUUCAACACUGCUAAUAAGCAGGCAUCAGUCAAAGAAAAGAAUGAAAACGAUGCGAAGCGAAAUUCAUCUGCAAAGACUCCAUCCGUGAAAUCAUCUCCAACUUCAUCCACAAAGCAAACGGUCCAAGACGCAAAUGAUUUGAAAACCGCAGAAAUCCCUCAAAUUCAAUCGAGUCAAGUCAAAACAGAAAGAAUGUCAUCAAAACUUAAGACAGAUAAAAUGGAAUCGAAAGAAGGUAUAAAUAAGAAAGGUGAGGAUAAAGUCAACACAGAGAAAGAAAUUAAGGUGGAAAAGGAGGACACCAAGAAAGACCACAAAGAUGGAAAGUCGGAAACACAGGUUGAUGAAAAUGUAACAAGAAAAGAGUCCAGUGAGAAAAUCAAUGCAGCUGAUGAAAAAGAGGUAACUCAGACAAAUAAACACCAAAAUAAUACAAAAGAUGGUGAUAGAAUCAAUGGAUUGAACAAAUUCUUGGUUAAUGGUAAUCUGGAGGAACCAAGUAUCAUCGAGAACAAGAAGGAACGGAAGAGGAUCCGAUUCAGGCCUUAUACAAUGGACGAUUUUGAGUUGAGAAAGGUUCUUGGUCGAGGUAGUUUUGGUAAAGUUUACCUUGCACAAUUAAAAGGCCAUGAUGUAUUUUUUGCCAUCAAAUUUUUGAAGAAACAUGUAGUCAUUGAAGAUGAUGACUUGGAAAGCAUUAUGGUUGAAAGGAAAGUUCUGGCUUUAGGUGUUAGACAUCCAUUCAUCUGUAAAUUAUUUUGCACCUUCCAAACAAGGGGCAUGGUUUGCUUUGUUAUGGAGUUUCUUGCCGGUGGUGAUUUAAUGUUUCAUGUGCAAAGCUCUGGAAGGUUUACUGAGGACCGAUCAAGGUUUUAUGCGGCUGAAAUUGUUUCUGCCUUAAACUUCUUGCACAGUCGAUACAUUAUUUACAGAGACCUCAAAUUGGACAAUAUUUUAUUGGAUGCUGAAGGACAUGUUCGACUUGUUGAUUUCGGAAUGUGUCAGUGUCACAUUUGGAAAGAAGAAUGUCUUCCCUCAAACUUCUGUGGUACACCAGAAUAUAUGGCUCCUGAGAUAAUUAAAGGUGUCCAAUAUAACCAGGCAGUUGAUUGGUGGUCAUUUGGUGUCCUUCUCUAUGAGAUGAUUGUUGGUGAUUCACCAUUUAAAGCAACUGAUGAAGACGAACUUUUAUGGAAUGUUUGCUACGAGAAAGUCCGUAUUCCUUAUUUUGUGAGCAAAAAUGCUCAAAGUAUUAUCUUAAGUCUAUUAGAAUACGAUCCUGCUGAGAGAUUGGGAAUGCCAACCAGUUCCAAAGGUGAUAUAAGAAGUCACAAGUUUUUUGAAUCCAUUAAUUGGGAUGCAAUUAAUGCAGCUAAAGUUAAACCUCCUUUUGUACCUAAUCUUAAAAAUCAAUUUGAUACUUGUUAUUUUGACCGUGAAUUCACCGAGAUGAGACCUGUUCUAACACCAAUCGAUGAUUAUACUGUUGAAAAUGUGGACCAUGAGUUGUUUUUUGGAUUUGAUUAUACCAAUCCUAAUAUGACUGAUUAAUAUAUUGUUGAUUCAUUAAAUUCGUCAAUAAAAUUUUGAACCAAACCGUUAAA